AUGGCCGACCCAUCCCGCGACAUCAGUUCCAUCCUCGCGGCCCUAGGCGCCGCACAAAGAGGCACAUCAUCGACGCCGACCCAGGCACAGCCCGGCAUGCCUCCUGGCUACCCUCCUCCCCCCGGCGGUCAGGCGCCCCCCUCAUACCCCCCGAUGCCUCAGCAGAGCGCUCCGCCCUACGGCGGUGGUGGCGGCUACCCAGGUCUGCCUCAGCCUUCGUCUAGCGGCAGCUUGGAUCUCAGCUCCAUCCGUCCUGUCAACUCUGGCACUGUCAGCAUCGCGGACGCCAUCGCGCAAGCUAAGGCCUUUGCUGCGGAAAAGGGCGUGACCUCGUAUGACCGACCCCUUGUCUACUCCAACGAAGCCCCUCGCGGCCCGGACUCUCGCGGCUACAGCAGGACCUCACGCUCGCGUUCCCCCUCCAACCGUCGCGACCAGUUCCGCGACAACUUCAACCCCUACCGAGACGAGCGCCGAGGCGAUGAUCGCCCUGCUCCGCGAGACUUCAGCCAAGGCCGCGACCGCUCCUACAGCCCCGGUCCCCGCGGCGGCCACACCUUCUCUCCCCGUAACUCGAGCGCCAGAGAGCGAUCCCCUCUCAGAGGCAGCGGUGGUGGCGGCGACGACAACGCCGAGACUAUCCAGAUCGAGUCGAGCCUCGUCGGCCUUAUCAUCGGCCGCCAGGGCGAGAACCUCCGUCGAAUUGAGUCCGAGUCUAACUGCCGAGUUCAGUUCCUUCCUUCCAGCGACAACGGCCCCUUCCGCCAAUGCAAGAUCACUGGUCCCAGAGCACGACGCAGUGAAGUCAAGGAGGCCAUCAACCGCAUCAUUGACGACAGCGGCAUGGGCGCCAUCAACCGCGGCGCAGCCAACCCCAAGGGCCCGCCUCCCCGCGAUCAUCGCGCUGGCCCUCCUGGAGGACCUGGAGUCGGUGCCGGAGCUGGUGCCGGAGCUGGUGCUGGAGCGGCAGCUCUGCGAGACGGCGAGGAUUGCAUGCAGAUCAUGGUCCCUGAUAGAACCGUGGGCCUGAUCAUCGGUCGUGGCGGCGAGACCAUUCGCGACCUGCAAGAGCGCUCUGGCUGCCACAUCAACAUCGUUGGGGAAUCCAAGAGCGUCAACGGCCUUCGACCUGUCAACCUGAUCGGCUCCCGCGAGUCGGCUGCCCAGGCCAAGGAUCUGAUAAUGGAGAUUGUCGAUAGCGACAGCCGAAACGAGGGACAGCCCGCCGCUCCCGCCAAGAAGCCCCCGAGGCAAGACGGCGGUCACCAGAGAGACGCUGGCCCUGCAGGCGGCGGCGACAAGGUUCAUGAUGCUAUCUAUGUUCCUUCCGAAGCGGUUGGCAUGAUCAUUGGCAAGGGAGGCGAGACCAUCCGGGACAUGCAGAACGGCACUGGAUGUAAGAUCAACGUUGCUCAGUCUUCUGGCCCCGGCGAGGUCCAGCGAGAGAUUGCUCUGAUCGGCUCGCGCGAUAGCAUUGCCCGAGCCAAGCAGGCGAUCGAGGAGAAGGUGGACGCAGUGCGCCAGAAGAACUCUGGAGGUGGUGGUGGUGGUGGCGGCGGCGGUGGCCGUGGUCGCCAGAACCAGGACUAUGACAGAAGCUACUCUCAGCAGGCAUCUAACCCUCCAGCGUCAGGAUCGACUAAUCAGCCAGCUGCUCAAGCUCCCGCGGGAGCCGACGGCGCCGACCCGUACGCGCAGUACGGAGGAUACCAGAACUACCUCGCCCUCUGGUACCAGUCUCUCGUGUAUCAGCAGCAGCAAGGCGGUGCAGCCGGCCAGCCCGGUUCUCAACCUCCGCCAGGCUCCUCGUAG